AUGGACCUCAUUUCCACGGGAAAUGACUUUUUCCGACGAGGUGACAUAGCACUCGCAAACUUUGGUAAAUGCGUGAAGGUGGUUGAUGCUAUCCUCGUAUGGGAUUCUAGCUACGGAGAACACGUCCAGCGGGUCAGGGAGAUUUUGCUAUGGUGUCGCCAACACGGAAUUACCAUGAAUCGUAGCAAAUUUGUGUUUGCUACCAAAUCGGUACAAUUAUGUGGUUUUGGAGUAUCAGCUGGUGGAGUAAGAGCAGACAGUGAGAAAAUCAAGGCGAUCGCAGAGUUUGCUGUUCCUACCAACAUCACAGACCUUUGGUCUUUUUUAGGCCUAGUAAAUCAAUUGGCAGACUUCACACCAAGCAUUGCAUCGGCUGCUGAUAAACUCCGCACACUACUCACCCCAAAGUACGAAUUUGUGUGGACUCCUGAACACCAAUCAUCUUUCCAGACCGUGAAGCAGGCUCUAUCCACGACCCCAGUACUCGCCCACUUUGAUCUGGCGCUACCGACAAUGCUGCAGACCGACGCUUCCCGCCUCAAAGGACUUGGUUACGUUCUCCUGCAACAACACGUCAUCGACCACAAGCCCCUUGUGCCCAUCAUCAAUGAAUACACAAUCGACCUGCGUUUUCAUCGUCUAAAGGAAAAAACAGUGCAGUUUACCUACAAGGCAGUAUGGCGUAAGGGUGUGGAUCAUGCCAUCCCUGACUCGCCCUCCCAUGCACCAGUUGACGACCCCUCGUCAGCUGUGUGUUGGCCCGAGCAUUGGAAGUGUCAUCGCGGCCUCGCGGCCAUCUCAGAGACCUCGAUGACCUACGUAAGGCUGCUGCUCUAUGAUGCAGUAGCUUUGGUGUUCCCUAUGGAUAGGAAGAAGGUACCUCCAGCCUUGUGGGAUUUUUGGAAAAUUAGGGACAGCCUUUCCAUAGAUGAAGGACUACACGGUGCCUGCAUUGUCAUCCCUGCAGCAGCCCGCCGUAAUGGUCUCUACCGACUCCAUGACUCCUACCGAGGUAAAGAAGCUACUAAACGCAAAUCCUGCCAGACACUAUGGUGGCCGGGCAUCACAAGUGACAUUGUGAACAAUGUACAGUCAUGUAACGCAUGCCAAACCCUCCUGCCAUUCCGAGUCAAGAAGCCUCUGAUGUGUGACCCGCCCCCACCCAGGCCUUUUGAAGAUGCCUCUAAGUCCCCUUUUCCUACGCUGGCAAGAACGACCUGCUUUACGUAG